UUGCCCUUUAUUUAUCUCUCGCCACAAGUUUUUUUUUUUCUUUCGUCUAUAAAUAGCGGAAAAUUCGGUUCGCUUUCCGCUUUAAAUUUCUCCUCUCCUCUCUCUCUCUCUUUACGAGUUUCUAAUAACCACUCGGAUUACAGACGGGGGAGCUUGUCGAGUCAAGCAUGGGUCGUGGAGUAAGCAGCGGAGGUGGUCAGAGUUCUUUGGGCUACCUAUUUGGUAGCGGCGAGGCUCCCAAAUCUACUGGAGAGACUGCUGCACCAGCUCAGAAAUCACCUUCACCACUACCAGUUGACAACAAGAAGCAAAUCCCUGCAGGUAUUCAAGGGAACCUUGCAAAUAACUACCACCGUGCAGAUGGGCAGAAUUGUGGAAAUUUCAUCACGGAUCGACCUUCAACGAAGGUGCAAGCUGCUCCUGGUGGUGGUUCUUCCCUAGGUUACCUUUUCGGUGGUGGCGGCAACUGACGAGGCUCUCUGCUUGUGGCAGAGAGAAUCUGUCGAAGAAAACUAUUGCUACUUGCAGCUGUUGGGAAGACACGGUUUGCACCUCUGCAGUUGGCAAGGACUCAUGAUUGUGUAAGCUAUAAAUCAGUGUUGGAAACAGAAUUCGUUGCUUUCUAUUCUGCCCUUAAAUUACUGGUCCUGGCACCAUGUUCCAUCUCCAAGUCUUGAUUAGAUGUUAAGGUAUGUUACAGAAAUCCCUUUAUGUUUAUGUUGAAAUUAUAUUUGCAUUCUUGCA